AGAUCGUUUCAAUUAGACUUUUUUAUUUUCUUAUUCUUUCUCAGUUGUACAAUUUACUCAACAUUUUCUUAUUAAUUGUGUUCAUCAAAAUUUUGUUUUCUCAUUUUAAUGAACAUUUUCUGUCCGGUGUGUUGAUUGUCUUCGUGUUUGUUAAUCACAAUGAUGAAUGAAACAACUCUUAUCGACGAUUUUGAGUCUCUUCGUAUUAAAUUACAACAACGAUUUGAGCCUUCACCUUCCAUCGGUUAUCAGGUCGAUUGGUGUACUUUCCCCACUUAUGUUACUCGCUUUUUUGCCGCUCUCAAGCUUUUUCAUGGUAACAGCGAUUCUUAUGACCUACUGUUCAAGCAAAUUGACUCAAGCUCAUCAAACCGUGAGAGAGUUGAUAUUAUUUUGAAAAAUGAUGUGAUACGAAACUUGAUGAAAGCGUCGGUCGAUAAAGUGGUCGAGUAUAUUGACCAGAAUUCAACUGUGAAUCCUAAAAGUCUUGAAAAAUCGCGAGAAUUUAUGAAAUUAGGAUCUGAUCUAUUGCAGAAAAACAAAGUCAAAGAAGCUUUUGAAGCCUUUCACAAAGGUGUCUGUGUCUCUCCAUUUCCUUGUGAUGCCAAAGAUGACGACAAAAAUGGUCCACUUUCAUCAAAUUUGGCUCUUUGCCUGGUGAAGCGAAGUCGUUGUUACCGAUCAAUAAAAAAGUAUCCCGAGAGUUGGUGUGAUCUUAAAGACGCGAUUGCCAAUAUGCACGAUCCCCGUUUAAGUGAACAAUUGAUUAAAUCGAAAAGAGAAUUGCUGAUUGAAAUAACCUCUGAUGGAUCAUCUGAACCUGAAGACAAUAAAGAAUUAGCUGAUUUAGAUUUCUCUCCAAUGGAUGUUUGGAUUAAACCAGAGAAUCGCAAUCUACAUUCAGCUAGUGAAAGCUUGGAGAUCGCUUGGUCGGCAGAAAAAGGAAGACACAUUAUCGCCAGUCGACCGAUCAGUUCAAGUACCAACAUAAUCGCCGAAAAACCUUACUCAUCGUGGCUUCAACCUGCGAAUUAUUCUUCCUACUGUUUCCAGUGCUUGAGACCUUUAGAUAAUCGGUGUUUCCCUUGUCGUCAAUGUACUUUAGUCUCUUAUUGUUCGUCUGAAUGUUCACAGAUCAGUUGGAAUACGUACCAUUCCAUUGAAUGCAAAUACAUGCCGAUUCUUAAAUAUCUUUCAAUGGGACAUUUAGCCUUGCGAACUCUUCUAACCGCUGGAAUCGAUACUGCCCUCGAAAUACACUCUAAACCAAUUCCACCGAUGCAAUCGCAGAAAAGGUUGACCAACACCUUCAAGGACAUUCACACGCUCAUGGAUUCGAUUGAAUUCUUGGACGUAGUAAAGAAAACCUCAUUUGCGACCUGUGCCGUUUACAUGGCAUUGUUAACCAGAUCAAUGGGCUUGAUUAGCGAGGAUAAAGUGGACACGAUGGCCGAUCUUUUCCUCAGAACAAUAAAUCAAAUUGUACUCAAUGGAUUCGCAAUCUAUGAUGAUCGAGCUGAAGAUGUCGAACCCGCUUUCAGUUUCAGUUACUUGUGUACCGCAGGGGGUAAAAAGAUCGGUAUUGGCCUUUACGCGACCACAUCGCUUUUAAGUCAUUCAUGUGAUGCAAAUAACGAUCGUAUCUUCAUCGGCUCUAAAUUGGUGAUCACCACCCGAAAGACCAUUCAGAAAGGCAAAGAAGUGACCAUUUGUUAUGGACCAUCAAAAAUUGAACCUUUCAAGAGUCGACAAGAAAAUAUCAAGGAAAAUUAUUACUUUGAAUGUCAAUGUGAUUAUUGUAAAACCAAGAAAUGAUCAACUAAUCAUCUCAAUCUCUCCAUUAAUUUUAACCACAACAAUCAACCAAAUGCCUUUUACAUCAAGUUCACUUGAUAAAUUACCAGAAAUAUGUUGAGAAAACUAAUUGUUUUUAAGAAGCUAAUCAUAUUAUCCCUGAUUAAUUUUAAUCAAAGUUAACCGAAAAUUGUUUAUCAUUAUCACUGAUCAUUUUUACACAUUAAUCUCAACUCUAAAAUGUCUUAACAAUUAAAUAAAUUGGUAAAAUAAACAUUAA